AUGGGUGCUUCUGACAACAAUCACCACUUUCUCCAAGUUGUCUUCAACAACUUCGACGUUCUUGCUCUACCCUUGGUUACGCUUGCUUAUCCUUUAUAUGCUUCAAUUAAGGCCAUCGAGACCAAGUCUACUGCUGAUGAUCAACAAUGGCUCACGUAUUGGAUUCUGUAUUCCAUUCUCACACUAUUUGAGCUCACAUUUGCCAAAGUUCUUGAACUGCUUCCCAUUUGGCCUUUUGCCAAGUUGAUAUUCAGUUGUUGGUUGGUUCUGCCUCACUUCAAUGGGGCUGCAGUUGUGUAUAGGAAUUACAUCAGACCAUUCUAUAUGAACCCACAAAUCCCAAUUCCACAAGGCUCUCAAAUCUGGUAUUUUCCCCAAAAGAAGUCCUUAUUUAGAGAGCCAGAUGAUGUUUUGAGUGCUGCUGAGAGAUACAUGGAAGAGCAUGGCACAGAAGCUUUUGAAAGACUUAUAAGCAAGAAUGACAGACAAGCUAGGGCAAGGAGGAAUGGAAAUUACAUGAUAUUUGAUGAUGACUAUAGAUAUUGA